AUGGUCUUGGGACUUAGAGAAAAAAAACACCCACAGAGUGGGAAGCAGGUGGACUCCCAUGUUGAGACCAUGUUGCUGGAGUGGGGAGGGAGCAGAAAGAGAGCAGAAUGGGUGGAAGAGGAAGGGUCCAAGUUACAUGCACCACCUGCACCCACCAUGCAUGCAAAAUUUCUACAAAAGGAUUUAUGGCUCUAUCUUGGCAUCCUUAGUGACUCUCCAUGUGCUCAUGGCCUAAGUUCUCAUACCCUCUAG